AAUAAUUUUAAUGCCUUAAGGAAUCUAUGUUUCUAUUUUGCUACCAGCCUUCUAAAUUAAACAUGAAAAUUAGAUAGUAUUAUAUUCAAUAAAGUAUUAAGGAUAAACUAUUAAAAUAAACAUUGUGUAUAGCAUCUUAAUCUUAUGAAAUAUUUGAAAUUCCAUCUAAAAUUGGUAAAGAAUUUUGUGUUAGAUUAAUCUAAAAUUGUAACAUUAAUUGGAUCAUCUUAAGCUUUUAAUUUGCAAGACUUAGAAAAACUUAUGGAAGAUAAUAGGUCGCUCUAAGCAUCAUAUUAAAAAUGUAAAGAAUCUUUAUAGGCACUUAAUUCUGAACUUGACAAAAUUAUGAAUGACCCAUAAGUUUUAUCAGAGACUGAUAAAAUCAAACAUUAAAAUCUAAUAACAAAGUAUAAACAAGCCAAUGAUGAAAAUAAAAGACUUAGAUAACAUUUAAAGUAUACAUAUAUUUGAUUUAGAUAAUUGAAUGAAGAUUUUUGUAAGCAAAGAAUCUAAACUUAAACUACAUUUGAUUUUCUAAGAGAAGAAAUAGAUUUAUUAGUAAAGGUAAUUAAAUAUUGCUUAUUAUUCAAGGAAUUAGCUCCGUUUUAAUAAUAGAAAAAAUAAAAUGAUAUUUUAAUAUCUAAUUGA